AUGUCGACGCUCCGGGACAAGCAGAUUGCGGCGCUCAAGCGCAUGCUGAACCUGAACCAGACCGACGGCAGCGAUCCGGACCAGAAAUUGGGACAGCAGCAGCAGCAGCUCGGCGUGGUCGGCCCCGAUGGCGAGCUGGUCUGGAAGGUGCUCGUAUUUGACGAUCUCGGCAUGCAGAUCGUCAGCAGCGUCUUGCGCGUCAGCGACCUGCGAUCCAUGGGCGUGACCAUGCACAUGCACCUGGCGUCCACGCGCCACCAGAUCGAAGAUGUGCCUGUCGUCUACCUUGUCGAGCCGACGGCCCAGAACCUCAAGAGCAUCACGAGCGAUCUGGAAAAGGGCCUCUACUCACCCGCCUACAUCAACUUUCUCUCGUCCAUACCACGGCCGCUGCUCGAGGAAUUCGCUGCAGAGACGGUGGCCAACGGAACACAAGAAAACAUCGCCCAGCUCUACGACCAGUACCUCAACUUCAUCUGCGCUGAUCGCGACCUCUUCAGCCUCGGCAUGCAGAAAGACCACACAUACUGGGCCCUCAAUUCGGCACAGACGAACGAUGACGAGCUGGACCACGUCGUCAACAAGAUCGUCAGCGGGCUCUUCAGCGUCGUCGUCACAAUGGGUGUCAUUCCCAUAAUCCGCUGCCCCAAGGGCAUGGCGGCCGAGAUGAUCGCGACAAAACUCGACCGCAAAUUGCGCGACCACCUUCUGAGCUCCAAGGACAACAUGUUCGCGAGCGGUGGAAGGCCGGCAUCGUCGACCGGCACGCCCGUCUCACGGCCGGUGCUCAUCAUCCUGGACAGAAACAUUGAUCUCACGACCAUGCUGUCUCACUCGUGGACGUACCAGAGCCUGGUGCACGAUGUGCUGAACAUGAAGCUGAACCGCGUCUCCGUCGAGACGCCCGUCGACGAGCAGAACCCGGCCAAGGGCUCGACCAAGAAAACCUACGACAUAGCCGCCAACGACUUCUUCUGGAACAAGAACGCGCCGCUGCCUUUCCCCCAGGUAGCCGAGGACAUUGAUGCCGAGCUGAGCCGCUACAAGCAGGACACCACCGAGAUUACCCGGAGGACGGGUGCCUCGUCCAUCGAGGACCUGCAGAACGACACCAGUGCCAGCGCACAGCACCUCAAGGCAGCCAUAACACUGCUUCCCGAGCUGCGGGAGCGCAAGGCCGUGCUUGACAUUCACAUGAACAUACUCGCUGCACUGUUGACGGGCAUCAAGGACCGACAGCUCGACAACUUCUUCCAGAUCGAAGAGAGCAUUGCCAAGCAGACAAAGGCCCAGGUGCUGGAGCUAAUCAAUGACCAUACUAAGGGAACCAACGCGACAGACAAGCUGCGCCUGUUUAUCAUCUGGUUCCUCACGACCGAGCAGGAGGUCGGCCGGACCGAGUGGGCGCAGUUUGACGAGGCGCUGAAGAGUGCCGGCGCCAACACGACGUCGCUUGGUUACAUUCGGCAGGUCCGAGCAACGACCAAGAUGACGCAGCUGACAACGAUCCACAACACGCCACAGCAGGCGUCGGCGUCCAACGACCUGUUUGGGCGCUUCUCGUCCAUCUCGUCGCGGCUCACGGACCGGCUGAAGGAGACGGGCAUGCCGACGAACCUGUCGGCCAACCUGGAGUCAAUCGUGGGCUCGAUCAAGAACUUUCUGCCGGCCAACCGGGACCUGACGGUGACCAGCAUCGUCGGCUCGAUCAUGGACCCGAGCACGUCCAACAGCUCGGCCAUGACGAAGACGGAGAACUACCUGUACUUUGACCCGCGCAACUCGCACGCGCGCGGCAGCAUACCGCCACCAGCGUCCAUGGUGCGGGGUGGCAGCAGCAACGGUGGCGGGUCGGGAAGCAGCCUGAGUGUAGGGGCUGGGGGCGGAGCUUCCGGUGGAGGCGGCAGCGGCAGCGGCAUGCCUGGUGCCGGAGGCGGGCUAGGCGUGCAGGGUCCGGGCACGGGUGCAUCGUUUGGCCAGCGGCGACAGGGCUUCAGCGAUGCCAUUGUGUUUAUGGUGGGCGGCGGCAGCAUCGACGAGUUUGGCAACUUGCAGGAGUGGGUAGGCCGGACGGCCGGCGGCGGCGAUCGGGCAAAGCGGCGGGUUGUGUACGGAGCGACAGAACUGUUGAAUGCCGAGGAAUUCUGCCGGGAAGAGCUGGAGCGAUUGGGCCAGGAGACGACGACAUGA